AAGAGGGCUCACCCCUCACUGCCCUUAGAGAAGCAGGAGAGAGAGAGAGAGAGAGAGAGAGAGAGAGAGAGAGAGAGAGGAUUGUUGGGGAGUUUCCAAUAAAAAUGAUUCAGCUCCCUAACAGAAUACAGUGUCCUUCACUGAGGGACGCUCAGGGAUUAUUACGGGGAAAUGGAGAUUGUAAUACUUGUUUCAUUAUUGUCUCUGUAUUGUGACUUCACCGAUGCCGAGUGCCUGGUGAUCAGUCCUGCCAGGCUGGUGGUGAAGUAUGGAGACCCAGCUUCAGCCAAAUGCACCUCCGAUCAGCCUAAGCAAUUGGGCUGGGAAGCGACCGAGGGAGGGACGGGUCUAACAGACAAGGAGGUGAAGUUCCUAAACUGGAGUGUGGACAGUGUGACUGACUGGAAUAACAACCCAACAUGCUUCACAGAAGCAGGCCAGUGUCAGAAACAGCUGGACAUCACAGUUUAUAAGCUUCCAGACAGUGUCUCCAUCAGCUAUAGGAAGUACCCUGAUCCGAUGGUUGAGAAGCAUCACUACCAGCUACAAUGUCUUGUCCAGAACAUCGCUCCUAUUGAGAGACUCAGGGUGACCUUCUACAAAGUCAAUACCACUGGUGAACAGACAGAAUUAGACACACAACAGAAAUCCAAGGACAACAUCAAGACACCAGAAAAUGGGACCUAUACUCUGGACUUCACCCCUAGUAGAGAUGAUGACGGGGCCCAGUUGUGGUGUUCAGCCAUGUUGGAUCUGGGACCAGAGGGACCCCAACCUCCUCCUGUAAUGGAAUCAGACCGCCUCAACAUCAACGUGCUCUACAAGCCUCAGAUCACUAUGAGUCCUGGAUGUUUCUCCAUGAGCAUCACAGAGGGCGACACCUUAUCACUUAACUGUAGUGCAAAGGGUAACCCUGCCCCCUCCUACGAUUGGUUGCACCCCCAAUCCGCCCCGCCCCCAACACCACAGAAGAGAGAUCCGUAG